GCGGGGCUUCUCUUCGCGCAGGCGCAGUUGGGUGGUCUCCGCCGCGCCACUUCCUUCACUUACGGCAAAACAAUUUACGAUAUCCCCCCCAAGCGAGUUGUUGUUAGUGGGUGAAGCCGUUGAGAGGCUACAGGAGCCUCGCAACGAUUCUCCCCUUUCCCUUCCAGCAAUUGUAGCACAUUUGGUGACUUCCAAGUUUCAAAUCAUGGAUACAGAACAGAUCAUGGAAGGGCAGGCACAGGUUCCAGAAAAUCCUCAUGCUGAAUAUGGCCUUACAGAAAAUGUAGAGAGGAUAGUAGAAAAUGAGAAGAUUAACGCAGAGAAAACAUCAAAGCAGAAGGUGGAUCUUCAGUCAUUACCUACACGUGCCUACUUGGAUCAGACAGUUGUGCCUAUCUUACUACAGGGGCUUGCUGUACUUGCAAAGGAGAGACCGCCAAAUCCCAUUGAAUUCCUAGCAGCGUAUCUUUUAAAAAACAAGUCACAGUUUGAGGACCGAAAUUAAUUCCAUGGGAAGAGGAGGACAGUUUGGCUGCUAAACUUACAAGCUAAUUUGUCAGGAUUCAUUCUUUGCUGUAAAAAUCAUACACAAUCACCAAUGUCUUUCAUAACUGCACAGUUUCUCUUAUCUUUUCUUGAGUUAUUUAAUAAAGUACAUUUUCAUUCUCACUAGUCUUAAACUACAUGUUAAGUGUUCUUCAGAAUAAAGUAUUGAGAGUUCACAGCUAGAUGAAAGCUUGGAUAAUUCUAGUUGAAUAUUUCACCUCAGUACAUGAAACAAAUGUAAUGAUCUUACUGGUAAGAAAUUACUAAAAUCAGACUUGGUUUUAUGUAGCUCCUUUCCUGUUAAAGAUAUCAUAAACUCUUAAAGCCAUAAAUUCAGUGUUAGUAGUGUAGAAUUCAAUAUUUGCUGCUACAGCAAUGGUAGAAGCCAAGCAGUCAUCAAAAUCAUGUGAAUAUCCUUGGAUACUAGAACUUUAUUUAGCGAGAUGGACUGUUUAUUAAGAAAGAUACCUCACUUCAGAGUCCUGCAGGAUCCUUAAUUUCCACUUAGACAAGAAGUGGACACAAGGUACCAUAGGUGAACAUAUCAUCAGAAUGACAACAUCCAAUACUGCUGAUACAUUCAUGCUACAGCAGUGUGUGAUAGAGCAUUAUUUAUUGGUAACUUCCCUAGUAAUACUUUUUAUGGAAUAAUAAUGGAAUGGUCCAUUUUUAGUAUCUACAGAUAUUCUUACAGUGAUCUUGUCCUGCCAUUAGUAAAGGUGAAUGGAAAAAAAGCAUGAAGCAUUGUUUGCCAUAUACCUAACAGCUUUCUUCUAAUUCUGGAACAGCAGUAGCAUUAUCAAUUUAAAAGGGACACAGCUUGAAUGAUGUGCAAUUGACUUAAAAUAAAAAUCCAAUGUCUAAUAAUAGAGCAUCCUUUAAACAGUAUACCCCUCACCGUUUAUAAAUACUUAAAAUCACUGUAUAGAUUUUUCUGUUUCCUUGCUGUUGUUCGACACGCAAUACUUUAUUUUUCAUUUACAGUAAUAAGUUUUACUGGUAACUGCAAUAGGUAAGCAACUUCUAGCUAUAUGAUUUUUUUUCAAAAACGUUCUUAAUAUAAGCAGAAAUAGUCAAUCUUCUGUAGCCAAAUGAUCUCUUGAGUAUGGUCUCAUGUUUUGCAACAUGCAUCACCAUUAUACUCUGUAUCCAUGCUCCCUAUUUCUGUUGUGGGUUUUACCUCUGUGCGCUUGAAAAGGAAAGAUCAAGCCUGUCAUCCAGGCUAGAGGGCUUCCCAUCCAGUUCUAACUUCUGUUUGAUGGCAGCAGUGUCAGGUUGUUUCUAGAUGUUUCCUUUGGUGUAUAGGAAAUUCUUUAGAAAUGUUCUAAAUCUGCAAUUUUGUUCCUUUCCUUAUCCUAGGUAGGAAUCGUUCUGUGUUUCUCUUUAAGCAGUAGCUGCACCUCCUUUAGAGACAGAAACUAUUAUCCUUAUGUGCAUUUGCUCCACAGCCUUUGGUGCUGCUCCAGCUUGCAUCCUCAGCUACUGGCCCCUACCAUGGGCAUGGUAGGAGUGGUUCCCUGGAGUUUGGCACUUGAACUCAAUGAACUAGUGCCAAUCAUGGAGAGGAGCUGUCUCCAUUCCAGCCUCCCAACCUGAUGCCACAGAAGCUGACAGCUUCCAGUGGCACUUCUACGUGGUUGCAAGCUCUACCUCAGCAGAGGAUGCAUUGGUUCUGCAGAUCCUAGCCCCAGGGAAGUCCCAUCCCCUCUGAAAUAGGACUGCACCAAUGUAAACCUCAAAGUGAUUCCACAGGGCCUUGUGACAACUAAGUGGGCAUAUUUCUCUGGUCACCACAAGCCAGCUUCACAAACCACCAACACUCUCAUCAGCUGAAGGCAGGUGCUUUUGCCCUCUUUAGACUAUUCUAAUAACAUGCCCAUCCUUCUCCUCGAGCAAUGCCCCCACUUUAAAUGUCUGCAAGUUUUAGCAACUUUAGGGAAGAUAUUAAAUAGCAACUAUUAGUUACUGAUGGCAUAAAAAGUAUUUAACUAUAACUAAGAUAUGAAUACAUCAUCCUGCUUCUUACCAAAUACAGAAGACAUUAAUUGAAUACAUCUCCCUUUUCUGCAUCACGAUUGAUGGUUUUAUCAUGGUUGUCAAGAAUGGACCUAUAAUAUUGCUGGGAUUUCAUGUGUUCCUGAUGUAUUUGAAGUACUCUUUCUCACUAUCCUUAGCCCUAUUGCUGUAGAGUUCUCACUGAUUUCUUUAUCAGUUGGCUGUGUUUCCUAACUGCUGAUGUGUGCUCAUUACUCUCAGCCUCUCAUUUUUUCAUCUGUUUAUAUAUAGUAACUUCUUUCACUCCCUUCUUAACCAGGAAGGUUUUUUAACCAAAGCAGUCUUCUUUCAUGAUUGCUAAUUUGAUGUUUACUAAGCUACUAACACCAAUAAUUAAUUAUACACAGCAAUCAUAAUUUGCUAGAAUCACAGAAAGGGAAAGGUAUGUGGAGAGUAACAAUUCUUCGACUGAAGUCUGUAUCAAUUCCCUAAUGAAAGAUGCAUUAGCAGGAAAAAAAAACCCUUGUAAUUAUGAAAGACAUUUUUAUAACUCUUCGAGGAUUAGUUUAUUACUCAUAUUUUCUUUGCACUGAACUUUUUCAUCCAAUGUUUUCUUGGUAUCUGUCUCAGAAUAAAUACUUUGUUAUGCAAUACUACAUAACAAUAUAUUGCAUUGUCAUCAUACUGCCUGUAUGCAAAACAUUUUGCUUAACAGGCUCUAAACUUUUUCCUUUUCAACUAGGUAAUGUCAGAUAGUGGAAUGGCACUUUAAGAGAGUCUGGGUUUAGCCCUCAUCUCUGACUAUGGAGUGUAAUCCUGUAAGGACCAGAGAAGCUUAUCUUAACUGCUAUGUAAAUGUAGCCCUAUAUGGAGCAGGGUAGGAAAAAGCAGGAUUGCUGCAGGGAAUAAAUAAGCUCCUGCAAAAAACCUUGGCUCAGGGGAAAGGAUGUGAUUGAGAGAUUGAACUUGGGUUUAAAAAUUUUGUUUGAAGUAAUAAAACCAAGGCUGUGAAGAAAAAAGACUGAAAUCCUAUGGCUGGAGAACAUUCUUUGGUGUAUGGACUUGUGAUUUAGCCCACUGACUUGCAGGUAACCCAAGCAAAAUACGGAAAUGUGUGGAUGCAACCUUUGAGAAAUUCUCUGUUUUCUCCAAAACUUGCAAGAAUGAGUGACCACUGGUGUAGGGUACUGGAAUCCAGACUGGCAACUCCUUGUAAGGCUAAAGCUUGGUUAAUAGUAACAGAAAUGGUAGAAUUAGAUUUGUCUCUUCACUUAAAUAAGAGCACCAAUAGAUAAUUUCGAUGUUCACAAUAUGCUAGUUGAUUCCUUUCUUUGAUUCUCUAAUAUUCCCAUUUUUUACUUUUUCCAUAUUUCUAAUUUAAUGAGGAUAUCCUAGCAAGUUGUCUUAAAAAGCUAAAUAGGCUUAGGCCAAGUUAGUGUGUGAAAGGGUGAUGACCUGAACUAAUAAUUUCAUAACAAGGAACUUUAAGGUUGCAAAGUUAAAUACUCCAAGUUAGGAAAUGACUGAAUUAAGGCUGCUUAUGCCAACUUUCAUUGUGUUUCCUUGUGUGUAUUAUGUGAUCAUGCUAUUUCUAUUGACUAUCUGCCUUGUUCAUUUCACAGGAAGGAUUUCAAGUAAAACGUGUAAGUAUUUGCAGAAUUAGGAACUAAGGGUGUAGUCACUUCUGCUUUAUUUCUCCUCCGCCCCUAACUUUAGGGUGCUUCAUGCAUGAAAUUUUCCUGAAGUACUUGAGCACAAAUCUCCAGCAAGGAAGUGAGAGGAUAAGUAGCUUCAUUUGUAUGAUUUCAGGCUGUAUUCCCUUUUUGUUUGCUAAAAUACAAAUAUUUACAGAUAUUCCUACCCCACACAUAAGUGAUCCUCUCCCCUCAAGUGUUCAUCUUUACCUAUGGCAGAUGCCAUCGUAGGGAGCUAGUGUUUCAGUGCAAAUAUGAAAGGGUGGGUUGUAUCACCAAUGGCUCUAAAGUGCUGGCAGAGGAGUGGUCAGAAGAGGGACAAUAUUGAGAGAGAAGAAGAAAACUGUAGUUCCCAAGAAUUCAAAGGGAGGAAAUUUGGCUGCAGGCUUUCUCCGCACAGCCUCUCAUAGUAUUUUGGAAGCCAUUAAAAAAUUGGAAGGAGACUUUUGAUUCCAAUAGUCCAUGUGUAAUAACAAUAGAGGGCAGAGUGACUUAUGAAGAAAAGCAAUGUUAAGUUUAUUUUGGGUAACGUGAAAGAGGUUAUAGUAUGAGACAGCUAAUUCUAAACUUCUGGCAGGUGUCCUGAUUAAUGACAAUAUAAUUCUUCCAAAAACUGGUGGGGAAAAGUUAACUUUCUUUGUGUUUUGACUUAUGAAAAGGGUGAUGUUAAAAAUCCCCACCCACUCCCUUCCCCUUUCUUGAUUUAACUUCAGAGG